AUGAGUUCAGGUAUUAUCUUUCAGCUUUUGAUGGAGAUACCUGGAGACUUCAGCAGCCCAUAUGCCAGAGUGACUCCUAAAUACCAUACUCGUCUGCAAAGUAUAGAGCCACAAGUGGGCAAAAGACGCUUAUCUCAGGCACGUCAUAGAGCUACUUUGACAGGCCUGUUCAACAACUUACGAGAAACUGUAUUUUCACAGCAAGAAAAUUCUGUCUCAAAGUCUCAGGUCCUAUGCCAAGCUAAGAAUUAUAUCCAGGAAUUGGAGAAAACUUUGGAAAAUCUGUUGAAGAUGAAAGAAGUUUUAAAUCUGGAAGACGGCAAUCCAUCCAGUUUGGAAGAUGUAAAGGAGGAAUACGUCAAGAUGUAUUUCAACAAUCAUAGCAUCAUACAUUCUUCAGAUGUUUUGAGUCCAAAUGGCACCACAGUCUGGUACGUGAUCCAAGAACAUGAGAAACCAAUUGUAGAAGAAGAUGUAAAUCAAAGGCUAACACAGUCUUCCACUACCUCGUCUCCUGAUCUCAUGGAGUUUGAACGAUACUUGUAUUUUUACAAGCAGACUGUAGACUUGCUGGUUGAUAAUGCAGUGGUAAGCCCAGAAGAAGUUAUGCUCCCUGUGGUCUCCACAGCUGUUUCCCAUCUGUGGCAGGGACUCCCAGAAGACAGGAAGGACAGUGUUUUGCAGUACUGUAGUCAAAGACAGAAUUUCAUCUCUGAGUUCAAGACAGCUUCUCAAGAACCUGCCUGUACUGACGAGAGCAGUGUGAGGGACAGUGGAACCAAUAGUCAGGAAGCCAGCGGUUCAGUAGCAUCCACACCAGAGGAGAUUCUCUUUGAAGAUGCUUUUGAUGUGGCCACUAGUUUCCUUGAUAGAAAUGAAACACAAGAAAUAUCCAGUCAAAGGCUUGCUUUCUCUUCCACACAAUUGAUAGGGAACCUCAGUAUAGAUUAUUUUGUUUGCAGCUCAGCAUUCACAGUCUGUGCUUCAGAUAGUCAAGAGGAUAACCAUCGUCUCUACUUGCAGAUCAUCAGCUUCUUGAAAAACCUGUUUUUUGCUAGCACACAACCGUCACAGGUAACUGUCAUGAAAAGUCGCAGAUCUAUAAAAUCAGAAAUGGCAUGCAAAUUAAAGCAGGAAGAAAUUCUUCAGUUAGACUACGAGACUGUGAUGUUGCGAUGCACGGAGACAUUUGAUGAUGAUGUAUAA